GUUGUUGUUGUCGGGCGUCUCAGCAUCGGCCAUUCUUCGCGUUGCCUCGUCGGUCUGUGACUAGUUGGUUCGCGUUUUUCGUAUCAAAACAAACUCGAGCUGGAGGUUAUCGUUGUCUGGACGACGACUUUGAUUGCAAAAUGGUUUUCUCGAUGUUGAGGAACGGAUUGAGGUGCGUGAGGACGGCGCAGAAAUACGGAGGAACGCUCAAAAGUGUAACGGACAAGGUGAAAACGGAUCCUCGAGGAGGAAUUUUGGCAGUUUUGUGUAACAAGUGCGUAACCACCCCAAACUUCGCGCUCAUAUCCAGGGAGUACAAUAAACCCGCCAAACCCCACGCUGAUAGGAAGUACCAGUCCACUUCUGAGUCUGACAGCGAUCUGGAAUGGAUUGGCAAAAGAGGAGAGUCGGAAUUUUGGAGGCGCAAAAUGAGGACGUUCCACUCCCUGUUAGACCUGAACAAGGACGGAGUGAUAUCUUUCGAUGACUUCAAACUGUUGGCCGACAGGUUCGUCAAUUUGGGACACUUGAGUGAGAAGGAAACUCAGGAAUUCUACGCUCUGAUACAGCAUUUGUGGGAGAGGCAAUGGGGCGAAAUUUCACCCUACAACUUGGUGACCGUAGAGAAGUUUUUGGAUAAUAUGCACCACACACUGAACGACAAAAAGUUAGUGCGGAGGGCUCACUCGUUUCUGACGUACUUUUUCAAGGCAGUUGACAAGGACAAGUCCGGAGAGAUAACAGUCGAAGAGUUUAAGCUCUUCUUUGAUGUGUUGGGCUUGAAGGAGGUCGACGCAGUUCUCGCCUUCUCCGCCAUCGAUUCAAACGGAGACGGUAAAAUAAGCAGCAAGGAAUUCGUCAAACAUGGCCGAGAAUUCUUCCUGACCGAAGACGAGGAGAACAUCUCCAAGUACUUUUGGGGACCGCUAGUUAAUCACUGACCUGGUGAGGGAGAAACUUGAAGGGUUGAACGUAGGGUUAAUAUUAGUAUAGUUUGAUGAUGAUUGGUUUCGCAUCGCACUGUCGAUAUUUUCAUUUUUCUUGCAAUAAGUUAGGAGCAGUGCCGACUCAUUUCCUACUAACGCAAAUCAUUAGUGAGUUUGGAUUUCGUCAAAUCAACAAUUAAUUCGGGGCUCAGGGUCAAAACUGUGACUCCCAGAUUCUACCAUAGAGUUCCAUGUUAAAUUCAACUCGGUCGAUGUAAAGAUAAGGGUGUAUAUAGUUCAUUUUGUAGUAGGAGGUUCUGUAGAGGCGACGAGCGCUGCCAGAUAUUUUUUAAUCAGUGUACAGGUUUUAUAUAAAAAACGUUUUCUAAUGGAGAGGAAAAGAACUACACACAAUUUUAUAUAACUUUAUUUGUGUACACUAGCAGGUUAAGUUAGGUUAGGUUUUCAAUUUAGGUUAAGUGAUUGUGAUAAGGCGCCAAUGCCAACUGAGAGGAUUCUUAGGUUUAAGGUACUUUUGUAAUAAAGCUACUUUUAGCA